UCCGGACGCGACAUGCUCAGUGGCGAUGAGCGUGAGCGCCGACCUCUGGCACCGGCGCCUCGGCCACAUCAAUCCAAGUGCUAAUGAGAUUUUGCGGCGCAACCCCGCUGCAGUUGUGCAAUAUGACGGACCUGUAUCCCCGUGCGACAACUGCCACAUCAUGAUGCACAGGAAGGCUCCCGUCCCGAAGAAGACCAGCCGUGUCCUGACAAAACUAGGCCAAUUCGUCCAGUUCGACAACAUGGGACCAAACGACUCGCUUGCGAAGUACAACGGAUACACCUACUCCUACGUCGCCAAAGCGACCGACGUCUUUUCCAGAAUGCCGGAAGUGUACCUACCGCGUGACAGGACCAAAACCACGCAAGCUCUGCACGCCUACAACAUGCAAGUAGCAUCUGAAGGCUACCGCAUCGAGGUUCUACUCUGUGACAAAGGGCGAGAGAACACUGGGGAAGAAAUGCGCAACUACUGUAGGGAGUCUGCGAUCAAGCUGGAAUUCGCCGCGACCAACACGCCCCAAGAAAUCGGAGUGUCAGAAAGGGAUGGCCAGACACUUGCAGCUGUGACUCGAGCUCCACUGCGUGAUGGAGACUUCUCAAAACACAUGACCCCACACGCGGCGCUAGGGGGAGCCACGCCGUAUUCCNUGACUCGAGCUCUACUGCGCGAUGGAGACUUCCCAAAACACAUGUGGGGGGAGCUCAUGAUGACUGCAGCAUACCUGACCAACAGGACCCCACACGCGGCGCUAGGGGGAGCCACGCCGUAUUCCAAGAUGUACAACACAACCCCGGACCUUUCUCGACUUUGUGCCAUCGGCGCCCGCGCGUUUGUUCAUCACGAGGGAUACAAGAAGAAGCUAGACGACCGGGCCCUUGAAGGCAAGCUCGNGAUCGGGCCUUUGAAGGCAAGCUCUGCGGUUACGGACCUGACAGCAAGACGUACCGGAUCUACGUGGAGGGCAAAGACAAGAGCUCCUACUGCACGAGAUGCGCAACAUGCAGCAAGACAACAUCGACCGAGCAGAAUUUGCCAAAACAACGCGGGCACGGAUUCCGACGACUUCUUUGCUGCUGGGGGAGAUGACAGCAAUGACAACUCGCGGACUACGACACCAUCCAGGACAUCGCAGGACAUCCUGCGAUAUGGAAUGGAACAGGCAAACCCGGUCAGCACCCCCGGGUAUGGAGCAGAACUAUCAACUGAGCAGCCACAAGUCCAACUACUCGGACCCGAGGACAAGCAGAGAUUCCAGGCCAUCACCGGAAGUCUCCUGUACCUUACUCAAUGCACCCGCUACGAUCUGUCAUACGCAGUGCACCAACUGACACGGGCACGUGCAAACCCAGCACAGGUCCACAUGGCUGCGCCAAAGCACCUACUACGGUACCUACGCGGAACGCCGGACCUACCGAUCGUGUACAAGAAGGUGCAGUUCAGACUCUCGUGCUUCACUAGCUCGUCAUUUGGAACCAACCCAGACAACGGCAGGUCUACCACCGGAUACCUGUUCUUCCUAGGAGGGGGACUGAUCAACUACGGAGCCAAGGCACAGACUCUGGCAGCACAGAGCACCGCGGAGGCCGAACUUCAAGCGCUGAGCUUCAGUGCUCGCGAGGCAGUCUACAUCUCCAACUCCAUGACGGAAAUCGGAUUCAAGACCCCAUCAACAGCGACAGCACCGGAGCAUUGACUGUGGCCAGCAACGCGAAGU